AUGUCUGAACAACCAAAAACCCGCCAAAAGUUUCGCAGUAGCUGCACAAACUGCGCGAGCGCAAAAGUCAAGUGCAGCACGACGCGACCGAAUUGUGCGCGAUGUGUGGAGCGAGGACUGGAAUGCUUAUAUGCUCCAUCCAACCGGUACGGUCGACCUCCGGCAUCAGUAGGCACUCAGAAAGCGACAUUAUUACGGAGUCCGCAGGCAGAUGGAUGCGACUUGACCAUGAGCGAUUAUGCAUCCGACGGUGCGACAUGGGAUUUCAAUUCCUGGGUGCCCGCAUCAGCGUGCAACCUAACAGCGCGGAACGUCCACUGCGAGAUAGAUGCAUUCUCGGCCGCGGCAUACUAUGAGGAGUGGAACCUGGAGGACAUACCACAGCUUGUGGCAGCGAGCAGCCACGGCAGUAGCUCCACGAACACCAAUAGCCCAAAGAACAGCUCUAGUGGUGCCUCGGAUAGCUCGCAAGAGGCUGCUCACAGCUGCCUGGCCCAGGCGGCGGCCAUCCUCGUCGAUAUCCGGAAUGACAGCUCAUCAACCGACUUGACUUGGGCCGCUACUAACGUUGAUGCCAAGACUAUCGUGGGCGACGUUAUCUUCGCAAACCGAAGGGCCACGGGUCAGGUGUCGAGAAUCAUGGAGUGCGCAUGCCUAGCUGCAGAUUACCAGAUCUCCGUCAUUGUGUCGCUGAUUUGCUUCCAUAUGAUUGACAGAUACGGCAAGGCGGUGGCAGCAGCAAGGGCGACGCUGGGAAGCACGCUAGGGAACAACCAUGUCAUUGGCUCUGUACAGAUUCUUCUUGAUGAGCUUCGCCGUAUAACGCCCUUGAUUGGCAAAUCAACGAUGCAGGCUGGGGAGCCUCCCGGAUCGGCAGGGACCAUGGGGAUUCCGGUGUCCGGCUUUGGUCAGCUACAUAGAGAUCUGGAGCACCACCUGUUCAACGUAUUGGGAGAAGCGGAGAGUUUUCUGCACCAGGCUUCAGAGUGA